CUAAACGUCAACUUCCUUUCUCUCUCCUCUUGCAUGCAGAAACAAACCACAUGAUCCCUUUCGUUUGCAUCCAUCUCAUAUUCGAAAUCCAAUGAUUAACCUGCCUCAGCAUCACUUUCUCUCCUAAUCCACCCAACAAAACCUUCUUCCCUUCCUUUAAUUAUUUAUCUCUAAUCAUUCACACAUUUCAAUCAAACCAAUACGCCACCAAAUGUACAUAUGCUCAACCUUCCAUUGUCCUUUUCUAUAUAUAUUCUCAACUGCCCCAAUAUUUCAACCACAAACUUGUCAAUGAAAAUAAGGAAGCAAACAUGGAAUACAACUUCAUGUGUUAGUCCCAAUGGGCAGUACAGCUAAGUUUUCUUGAAGAGAAGGGGAGAAAUGGAUACAUUUUUUCAGUUUUGAAUGAAAAUACUGAACCUGCCCAGAUUAGAGGAGAGUCCUAUCAAUGGAAAUUCAUUUGGAGAGACAGACAGAGCAGAGACUCUCUCUCUCAGCUGCCUUUGCUCUCUCUCCUUCUUUAUCGUCAUCAUCCACUUCUUCGUCCCGCUCAUCCCCUUCUUUCCAAAAUGACACAUUUAGUUUUUCAGGUCAGAAUGAGGACAGAUCGUGGUAUGCUCCACGACUGCGAUUUAUUGACUUUCUUUGUGACAAUGGAAGUGAAUGGAAAUUGGCAGAGAAGCGGUUCGAUCAGCUGUCUUGGACCAGUGUUGGAUCUGAACCAGCCGUGAAGUGGUCUAAUUUUGCCUUCUGUAUAGGAAUGUCAGAGUCCGAGGAAUUUGCUUACGAACUGUUGAGGGCGCUAAGAAGAAGAAAAGAUUGGCAAAUAGAAAUCACCAAAAGUGAAUUUCAUAAUCUCUGGUGCCGGUUGAGUCAUUCGAAUGUUAAUUCAAGAACAAGAAUUCUAUUUGACCUUUGUGAUAGGAAUAUGGAUGGAAGGGUAACUAAGAAAGAUAUCAAACAGAUAAUACUGUUAACUGCUAGUACCAAUAAGUUAUCUGUGACCCAUGAAGAAGGAGAAGAUUAUGCUGCUUUAGUCAUGGAAGUACUAGAUGAAGGAAAGCAGGGCUACAUUGAGCUACCUCAAUUUGAGAAGCUCUUCAAGAUAACCUCCCCUAAAGCUAUUUCCCCUCUAAACAAACGGUCAUCAAAUUCACUCAAUGGGCAUAGCCAUGACCCAUUUCAACAGUCGAUAUGUGAGGCUGAAAUGUUGCUCAGAUCUCAAUGGAGACGAGCAUGGAUGGUGGCUUUGUGGUUGGUCAUAUGCCUUGCAUUGUUCUACUGGAAAUUCAUUCAAUACUGCAGACGAAUGGAGUUUGAAGUCAUGGGUUAUUGCCUCUCGAUUGCCAAGGGAGCAGCAGAGACUUUGAAAUUUAACAUGGCUCUAAUCUUGCUCCCUGUUUGCCGAAGCACAAUUACACGGCUUCGUAGAAAUUUGUCUCUGAACUCGGUCAUUCCUUUCAACGACAAUUUAAAUUUCCAUAAGUUAGUUGCAGGAGGCAUUGCAGUCGGAGUUAUCCUACAUGGAGGAACCCAUCUUGUUUGUGAUUUUCCAAGAAUUAGUAACUGUGACAAGUCAAUUUUUCAGCGAACUAUUGCUUCUCGGUUCAACUACCAUCAGCCAUCUUACCUUGAAAUCUUGUCCACAACUGAGACGUUAACAGGCAUUAUUAUGGUCACAUUGAUGGCAAUUGCAUUUUUGCUGGCUACAAAGUGGCCGCGCCGCAAAUCAGCCUCACUUCCAAGGUCUAUCCAACAUGUCACAGGAUAUAAUACAUUUUGGUAUUCCCACCAUUUGUUCGUAUUUGUAUAUGCAUUACUCAUAGUUCACUCCAUAUUCCUAUUCCUAACCGACAAAGCAACUGAAAAAACGACUUGGAUGUAUAUAGCAAUUCCAGUUCUAUUAUAUACAGGAGAGAGGAUUUAUAGAGCGAUUAGAUCAUGUUUGUACGAAGUAAAAGUUUUGAAGGCAAGGACUUAUUCAGGAAAAGUUUUAUUUCUGAAGUUGAGCAAACCAGAGAGAUUCAAGUAUCGAAGUGGGAUGUACGUAUUAAUCCAAUGCCCUCAAAUCUCCCCAUUUGAAUGGCACCCGUUUUCAUUAACUUCUGCCCCACAAGAUACCCACCUCAGCAUGCAUAUCAGAAAUCUGGGAGAUUGGAGUUAUGAGCUAUACAGCCUGUUUCAUGAGGGAACUUCUGCUUCAAAGGAGUACCCGAAAAUAUUCAUUGAUGGACCCUAUGGUGCUGCUUCUCAAGACCAUGUCAAGUACAACCAUGUGGUGCUAAUUGGCCUGGGUAUUGGAGCCACACCCUUCAUGAGCAUCCUAAAAGAUGUUCUAAACAGGUUAACUGGGAAAUGUGAUGGCCAUACUGACAAUGGAAAAGGCAGCCCAAGUAAAUCCAAAACCUACCUUUACUGGGUUACGAGAGAGCUAAGUUCCUUUGAUUGGUUUAAAGACUUCAUGAACGAUUUAACACACUCAGACCAAACUCAGUUAGCUGUGGAGAUGCACAAUUUCCUCACUAGUGUACAUCAUGAAGAUGAUGUAAGGUCUGUUUUGAUCAGAGCAAUUCAAGCCCUACAUUAUACUCGAAGGGGCAUCGACAUUGUCUCCAAGACUCCUGUAAGCACUCAUUUUGGUCGCCCAAACUGGAUAAACAUCUUCUCGAAUUUGGUUCAGAGGCACAGAGGAGAAAGAAUUGGGGUUUUCUACUGUGGUCCAUCGGCACUGGCGAGAGAACUCGAAGGGUUCUGCACCAAGUUCUCCACCAAAACUUCCACUAGAUUUGUAUUCCAUAAGGAGAAUUAUUAGAUGAAAAUUAUUUUUCAAUUAUACAAAUUUGCACCGCUUCCGCUAGCGGAGAGGGCACAACCGCCAAAGAAUAAAUUAUAUCAUUACAGUGUAUUACUUCUCUC